ACAUAUUUCAUGGGGCAAUACAAUACAUACUUAGAGCCGCCGAAAUGGAGUCUGUUUACGAAUCAAGCCUCUCCAAGCAACCCUGUGGCAGCUACACCACAGAUCUUUGAGAGCAACUGAAGAAUUCAAGGAUUACGGGCUCCCCGCCAUCGGGCUGAUUUGGGGCACAGCUGGGUCAAAUUUGGCAUAAUGUGUAAAAUAUUGGCUUAGCGUUGCUGCAUUAUGUAUUUUUUAGGUGGGUUUGUUCGGGCUGUCUCGGAUGAGGCUCUAGAUAUUUCCUCACGUACGGAGUAAUAUCCUACCGUGUAAAAUCGACGGGGCAAAGCUAGGUUUAAAUGGAACAAGAUUAUCCUUGACUAUUGCUCAUUCCAGGAACCUGCUCUGAAGAUCAACCUAAUCAUCGCAGAUCAUACGUUCCUAAAAUGCUGUUCUACAAGAGUCUCUGCUUGCUAGCAACCCUGCAGCCGGUGUUCUCGGCAUCUAUGCUGAAUUACUCUGCGGCCCGGGGAGAUGAUCAGUCGAUAUUGGGACAGUUGAAUCUUGAGGCCGCUCGCGGUGACAAAGUCAGUGCCAAUCGAGCUGAUUUAUAUAUCAAACCAGGCACCGAUGCCAAGGGUGUCAAAGCACUGCACUUCCAUCGCAAUGUGGGUGACAUCCGGGCAGAGUAUCACGCUCUAUCCAAGAAAAUCGACGUCGACCAAACCUACUAUAUCGGAUACAAACUCUCACUGGGGGUUAUUGAGGAAAGUCUUAUGAUUUGGCAAUUUAAGGCCUACACCGACAACAACGCCGAGGACAACGGUGCCAACAUCCCGCUCUCGCUAGAGAUUAAGAGCGGAAAGUUGCACUUCCAAUACCAGGCGGAUUACUCCGCUCAUCGGGUAUCACAGUGGUCCCAAACCGUGACUGCUAACACUGUCUACUCGUUCGGAAUUGUUAUCAACACUUCCAGGCCCGGUUGGGCUGAGCUUUACUUCAACGGCAAAAAGCAGACCUUCUCCACUACCGGCACCACUAGGCUGAAUGGCAAUACCUUCGUUGGCCGAAACGAGCCAAAGUUUGGCAUUUAUCGUGGAGAGGCAGUGGCAAUAAACAACUAUGUCUACAAUGUCCAGGUCGGGACGGCGCUGAGUGACAUUUCCGAGGCUUCUGGGAUUAGCUCUUCCGGGUCGAGUUCUGGAUCUUGUUCCUGGUCCGGCCACUGUGCGGGCGCCACCUGUUCCACGGAUGAUGAUUGCUCCGACAGCUUGGUCUGUACCAGCGGGGUUUGCUCUUCUGACUCUUCCACCUGCGACUGGGUGGGGCACUGUGCCGGUGCUACAUGUACUACUUACAAUGACUGUUCGGGUGACUUGGUCUGCAAGAAUGCAGUAUGUACCGAGGCCUAACUAACCUGGUUCAACACUGCAAGAAGUUUCCAGCUCCAAUACAACAACAACGACAACAACGAAUGGUUUCACUAUAUAGUAGAUACAUGCAAACCAUGAUAUGUCUUUGCAAUAGGUAACUUUAAGAGUUGAUAUUGAAUGGGGUCCAGUAGUUAGCAUGUAUACGACGGCUUUCCCCGUCAAUGUCACAGGUGGCCGCUCUUCUCAAGCAGGGCACACAACUCAAUAUCUACGCUUUACUCGAACCAUGAGCUUGUUCUUCUCCCACAAUAAGAAAGCCUUUUGCUUUUCCCAUCCCAGGGAUGAUGGCGCCAAGGUAAAAUCGAAAUUAUAC